AUGCCAGGAAAGACGAGGAAGGACACCCGGGGCGUCGAUUUUUUCGUGGGGGAAGAAGAUUUAAUGCGCUAUUUGGACCGUCUCGAUAUUGAGAAAGCCGCAAAAGCCAAGCAGGCAGCGGUGACUUUGCCUAAAGCUCCGGGGCCCGAUGGUGUUACUGCCGGUGGUAGUGAUGUCCAUGAAACCUCAAUGAUCGCGAUAAAUACCUCACUGAAUACUUUCACGGAGUAUUGA